AUGGCAAUGUCGAGUUUGCUGACCUCGACAGUCAUGUCUCUCUUGGAAAAUGAUUCCGACGACGGUUUCGGCGAGGCGACAACGAGAAGAUCAACAUCGAGGGUGUAUCCAUUAUGUACUGAAUUCUUUUGUGAUCAAUACUUCUCUGCACAAAAAAUCAUAUCUCUUGCAAUGAUGCUCGGACGAGUCGCAAUCGCAUUUUUGAUAAUGCUUUUGGGUUUGAAAAUGGAAAAGGACUACAUGAGAAGCAUCACAAAUACCAUAUUCAUUCCAAUCGCUGUGUCCGAACUGUUCACAAUCUACAUUGAAAUCGCAUUUUUCCAGGACAUGUUCAGCCAGUCGCCCACACAAUCUACCGAUUUCAAAGCGACCUACAUCAAUUGGACUACUGAUUUCGUUCAAAUUAUCAAUGACUAUGUGUCCAUUAAUACCGUAGUUUGUUGCCAUUACUACUGUAUUGCGGGCGUGUUGCAACUUUACCAGGAGAUCGGAUUAAUGCAUUUCCAACCAAGUUACAUGAUCUGUCUCAUAAUGCAAAUCGUCCCAUUUUUCGUUUGUAUCUUGAACUACGUGGAAAGACUGAAUACAGCUGUGGUUCUGAAAGUUCUUGCGGCCACUUCCAGAAUAAUUACCAUCAUUUGCUUCGUUGCAAUUUUCGUUUUGAUUUUUGUGUCAAUCGUCGUUGUAUUGCGCGAGCUUCCGGACGAGGCAGCAACUUCAGUGGAUAUGCAGAUUCGUGAUGCUCGAAGUCGUUUGGCUUGGACUCUGAUUUAUAUUAUAAUCCCAUUCAUCACAUUGGUCCCAUUUGUGAUUGAAGGAAUUUACUACAUCUUUCACAUUCAGCCAGAAGCAAAUAGUUUUGGCAAAAUGGUGGCUCUAAUCUGCGAAAUCCUCAUCAUAAUGGUGAAUUUCUAUCGUCCCACAUGGAUGGUCGUCAUCACAAUGAUCUUCCUUCCACCGUAUCGUCGUGCUGUUCCCCUUCUAUUCUGUUGCUGCUCAUGCUGCCCAAAAGUCAAUGUGGAACCACUUCCACGUAAGGAAAACGAGUCGAGUCUUAUGUAUCGAUAUGCCGAUUUGUGA